UAAGCGCUAACUUGGGGUACCAGAUCGAAACUGUCUAUGGGGUGCCAAUGUCAAUCAAAACUGACAGCUGCAUAAGCUCUAACUUGGGGUACCAGAUCGAAGCUGUGUAUGGGGUGCCAAUGUCAAGGGGUAGAGAGGGAAUACGGCAUGGCAAGAGCUGCGGUGGUUGUUGCUAUUGGUGAUAUUGCUGUGGGUGUUGGUGGAACCGAAACUUUCGGAGGUCGAUUGCGGCAGAGCUGGUGGCCGGACCAGUUGAGCCAGGCCGAAUACUAGUCCGUGAAAAUUAGGCGAAAACAAGCCCAAUACUAGCCCAACCCUUUCACUUUCAAAAAGAAAAAAGGCAUCAAAAUUCAAAGGAUCAGUGGGUCAAAAAGUCGCAAAAUCUAGGUUCCAUUUCUUUUCUUUUGUGAAACGAUUCCAUCUGAGCCAUCACACCACAGGCCGUAUUCGAUUCCAGUUUUGUAACGACUAGGGUUUUGGGAAUCUGAAGAAAAGGGAGACCCCCUCCCGCUGUGUUAUUGCAACUAGCUGUUGAAUUGCUUCUUAUCGGAUCUGUUUUUUCAUUGGACCUGAAUUGUAUCCGUCUACGUGAUGGGAAGAGGCAAGUUCAAGGGAAAGCCUACUGGCCAUCGCCAGUUCUCCACGCCGGAGGAGAUGCUUUCUGGAUCAUCUUCCCGCCCUCGAACUUUUAAGAAGAACAAAGAUGAAGUUGAAGCAGAAGAAUCUCGAGAAGAAUCUGAAGAGGAAUCUGGAGAAGAGUCUGACGACGAACAAAAUGAUCAGAAGCGGAAAGGAACUCAAGGUCUUAUUGAGAUCGAAAAUCCUAAUCUGGUGAAGCCAAAGACUUUGAAAGCGAAAGACGUCGAUAUUGGAAAAACAACUGAACUCUCUCGGCGUGAGAGAGAGGAGAUAGAGAACCAGAAGGCUCGUGAGCGUUAUAUGAGGCUACAAGAGCAAGGGAAAACAGAGGAGGCAAGGAAAGAUUUAGAUCGUUUAACCCUUAUACGUCAGCAAAGGGCAGAAGCUGCUAAAAAACGAGAAGAAGAGAAGGCUGCCAAAGAACAGAAGAAAGUCGAAGCUCGCAAAUAACCAUCCUGCUAAAACGUCUUGUGAAGUUAUGUCACCCCUAAGUGUAAGAUGCUUGCAACUUCCAAGUUGGUAAAAUCAUGUGUUAGUACUUUUGAGACAAUCAUUUUCCUGCUUCUUUGGUCUAAUAUUUGACCUAGUUAUAAUGUCUUUCAAACCAAAUAGAUUAUUUUUUUCUGCUUUUCAGAAGCUUCAACUGAAUUUGUAUAUGACGUAUUCUAUUCCCUUUUAAAUUUGGGAGAUUCAGAGCAACAAAUCAAUAUAGUGGAAACUAUCAAAAUUUGGGUUUGGGAUUGAUCAA